UGAUCACAGAAGAACACUUGAAAAUUCGGUUCAUACGUAGCACGUUUGAGUCAAUAUAAAAGGCUUCGCAUCUCGGAAAACGUUUCGAUUUUAAGGUCUUCUUGCAAAGAAUUUAGUCAUGAAAAGUGUUGUGCUCCUAUUAUUGGCUGCUAUCCAGCUAUCGGCUGCAUACAGUUACAACAGUUACAGUCGGCCAAAAGAAGUCUUCACUUAUGCACCAAAUUUCCAAGCUGCACUUCAACAAUCACAAGCGGAAGGAAAACCAAUUUUAGUUAUUGUCCAUUUGACUAACUGCAGGGCCUGCAAAGAUCUAUUCGCUGAUUUACCGAAAAGCCAGGAUAUUCAGACUCUAUCCCAACGAUAUGUCGUGGUACAUUCACUUGACGGAUCCGAUAAACAACUUGAGAACUUUGGACCGAGAACUGACAGAUAUUUCCCCAGAUGUUUCAUUUACGGAAGAAACGGAAACAUGAUCCCAAUAAAAAAUUCAAGACAACCCAAAUAUCCAUAUUAUUAUUCAACCGCAAGCGAACUUGCUAAGUCGAUGAACGACGUAAUAACCGGUGGUCAAUACUGAAGAAAUUUAUAGUACUUUGUUAUAUGGUACUGAAUGACGUUGCUACAUCCUUCAGGAAAACAAAUAAAAUGUUGCGCCAUCAA